AUUUUGUCUGAGUCCCUGAAGAUGUUGCUCUUCAUGUUGCUUUCGCUCUUCAGUUUCAACCCAUCUCUGAGCCUAAAAAUCUGCUCCUUCAACAUGAGGUCGUUUGGAGAAACUAAAAUAGCCAAACCUGAAGUCGUCGAUGCAGUGGUAAAGAUCAUUUCUCGCUGUGACAUCAUGUUGCUGAUGGAAAUAAAGGAGAACAAGAACCGUGUUUGUCCUCUCCUGGUGGAGAAGCUCACCAGCCAGCUGGAGGGGCCGAGGGACGAGUACAGCUGCGUGGUCAGCGGGAGGCUGGGCAGGAGGAGCUACAAGGAGCAGUACGCCUUCAUUUACAGGCACCAGCUGGUAUCAAUAAAAGAAACCUACCAGUACCCUGACAACCAGCCUGGGGACGAGGAUGCCUUCUCCAGAGAGCCCUUCGCCGUCUGGUUCCAUUCUCCAAAAACCGAUGCCAAAGAGUUCACUAUAAUCCCUCUGCACACCACACCAGAGACAGCAGUACGGGAGAUUGAUGAGCUCUAUGAUGUCUAUUUAGAUGUAAAACAGCACUGGAAAACCGAGAACUUCAUCUUCAUGGGGGACUUCAAUGCUGGAUGUAGCUACGUUCCCCAAAAGCAGUGGAAGAACAUCCGGCUGAGGACUUACUCUGAAUUUGUCUGGCUAAUUGGAGACAAAAAUGACACGACAGUGAGGGGAAGCACAAGCUGCCCGUAUGACAGGAUCGUGAUCAGCGGGCAGAGGCUCACCAGCACCAUUGUGCCACACUCUGUCAAUAUCUUUGAUUUCCAGAGGGACUUUCAGAUGACCGAGGAGCAGGCACUUGGGGUGAGCGACCACUUCCCAGUAGAGUUUGAGUUAAAAAACAAAGGCGGCUUCUUCAACUGGGUGAAAUCAAAGUUUUCAAGGAAGAGGAGACCAAGAAAGAGCUACCGCUUGAGGUCAUGA